AUGUCCAGCAUCGGAUCAUCUGCAUUGAGGCAGGCAUCUCGCCUGACCUCCAGGAACACAUCAUUAUCAGCUUCUCUGCGACGGGCAUCGCGGACACCUCAGGUGGCGACAGUCCUGCCCCAGACUGCAUCACGGCGAUGCUAUGUCACAGAGACUAAGAGAGACAAUGCACAAGUGGCGGAGCCCAAGAUCGAGACUGCGAUACGCCUGGACAAGGCAGCUCUGCAGAACUCUGGUGUCGCGAUGGGAGCACAGCAGGAUGGAAAUAUGCUCGUCAGUCCCAUGGCAGAGGUCCUGAAGGAAGCUACAUUGAUGGAUGAGGGUCAACGGCCGAUCUACCUCGACAUGCAGGCCACCACACCUGUCGAUCCACGCGUGCUCGAUGCGAUGCUUCCGUUCUACGUCAACGUCUUCGGAAACCCACAUUCUCGAACACACGCCUACGGAUGGGAGAGCGAGAAGGCGGUCGAGGAAGCAAGAGGGCACAUUGCGAGGCUUAUUGGCGCUGACCCGAAGGAAAUCAUCUUUACCAGCGGCGCUACAGAGAGCAACAAUAUGAGCAUCAAGGGCGUGGCAAGAUUCUUCGGCCGCUCCGGCAAGAAGAGGCACAUUAUCACCACCCAGACCGAGCACAAGUGCGUCCUGGACAGCUGCAGGCAUCUGCAGGAUGAAGGCUUUGAGGUCACCUACUUACCCGUGAUGGACAACGGACUGGUCAACAUGGACGAGCUCAAGGCUGCCAUCAAGCCCGAAACGGCACUUGUCAGCAUCAUGACCGUCAACAACGAGAUCGGGGUAAUCCAGCCAGUCGCGGAGAUUGGCAAGCUCUGCCGAGAGAACAAAGUAUUCUUCCACACAGAUGCCGCGCAGGCUGUCGGCAAGAUACCACUGGACGUUAACGCCAUGAACAUUGACUUGAUGUCCAUUUCCUCCCACAAAAUCUACGGUCCCAAGGGCAUUGGUGCCUGUUAUGUCCGGAGACGGCCGCGUGUCAGAAUCGACCCUAUCAUCAGCGGAGGUGGUCAGGAGAGAGGAUUAAGGAGCGGCACCCUCGCCCCGCCACUGGUGGUCGGCUUUGGAGAGGCGUGCCGUAUCGCCUACGAAGAGAUGCCGUACGACACGAAGCGCAUCAAGGCGCUCUCCGACCGGCUUCUGAACGGCCUCCUCGCCCUCGAGCACACCAGCCAGAACGGAGACCCAGAACACUUCUACCCUGGCUGCGUCAACGUCUCGUUUGCCUAUGUCGAGGGCGAGUCUCUUCUCAUGGCUCUGAAGGACAUCGCCCUUUCUUCUGGCAGUGCAUGCACAUCUGCAUCGUUGGAACCCAGCUACGUUUUGAGAGCUUUGGGCAACAGUGAUGAAAGUGCACACUCCAGCAUCCGGUUCGGCAUCGGCCGGUUCACCACGGACCUCGAGAUCGAUUACGUCCUGAAGGCUGUGAAGGAACGGGUGACGUUCCUCCGUGAGCUGAGCCCCCUCUGGGAGCUGGUGCAGGAGGGCAUCGACCUCAACACCAUCCAGUGGAGCCAACAUUAG